UGAACUUCCGGUGUGAUGACGCAGAGAAGGGCUGGCAACAUGGGUGGAAAGUCGAAAGGUGAAUGAACUUUAAACAAUCGACUGUUUUAACCCCGCUGGCCGAAUUCGGAUGGACUUUAUUGACGAUUUUGAAGCCGCCCAAAGACGUUGCUGCUGUUGGAGGACCAAGUGGUCGUGUUUUACUUUUAGAACCAUGUUUGUGCUUUUGUUUUGCGUUUAUCUGGCAUGUCUACCGUUUUACUCGACAGCCAAUAGGAACGACAAGCCUAUCAUCGGCAUCCUGGCACAGGAUCUUUCCACACCUGUAGACAAUCAGACUUCUUACAUCGCUGCCUCUUAUGUCAAGUUCUUGGAGUCUGCAGGGGCCAGAGUGGUCCCAAUUAAGAUCAACCAGCCUGAGGAGGAAUAUAGGAGACUAUUCAAAUCCAUUAAUGGAGUUCUGUACCCUGGAGGAUCAGCCAACAUCACCUCAUCAGGCUACCAAAGAAGUGCGAAGGCCUUCUACGAGAUGGCCAUUGAGGCCAACAAGAGGGGAGAUCACUUCCCCAUUUGGGGCACCUGUCUGGGCUUCGAGCAGCUGUUGUUGCUGACCAGUGGCGUGAACCUGCUGACAGAGACGGACACAAGGGACGUGACCUUACCCCUCAGCUUCACUAAAGAGGCCAAAGACAGCAGAAUGUUCCAAGGCUUCCCGGCUAAACUCAUGGAGUCUUUGGCGUUGGAGAAUCUGACUGAGAACUCUCACCGCUGGAGUUUGGCCGUGAAGGCGUACAACACCACCCAAGCGCUGAAGUCGUUUUACAAAAUUCUCUCCACAAACACAGAUGGAAAAACAGAGUUUUUGUCCACAUUUGAAGCGACUGAUUUCCCAAUUUACGGAACCCAGUGGCACCCGGAGAAGAACGCAUUCGAGUGGAGGAAGCCUCACUUUGCACACGGCCCCUCCGCCGUCCAGGUCACCUUCUUCAUGGCCGAGUUCUUUGUGGGCGAAGCCAGGAAGAGUUUUCACAGCUUUGUGUCAGCGGAUGAGGAGGACCAAGCCCUCAUUUACAACUUUAGUCCGGUUAAAUCUAGUACGAGCAGUGUCUUCGAGCAAGUAUAUUACUUCUAAGCUAAACGAAAACAACAACUUUUACCAUAGGGCAACGAAUAUAUAAUACUUCUGUCAUUGAUUUAAAAAAAACUACUUAAUUUUGACUUUUUUUGGUGAAAUGUAGCAUUAAUUUUAAGCAAAAGUUAGACAUACCAGCGUUUCCCACAUGACCGUUAUCUACCUUUCUUAUUGUUUUUUUUUUUAUGCCACAAUCCUGUUAAAACCUGUUCUUCUAUAAAGGCGGGGGACAACAGGGCACAGCAGGACCCGCUGCUCGUUGAGAAGAACGAUGCAUGCUUUCAUGUUAGUCUCUAAAAGUGUCAAAUAGGGAUGGGCCUAAAUCAGGUGUGCCCAUUACAACACCGGAAAUGUGUCCGGUAAAAGCCAUCCAACCGGAACUCUCUAAUAACUAAAGAUUUUAAACAAGAAGAUAGAGAAAAGGAAGAAGCUUAUCGACUACGGUGUCUCGCGGACUACAAAGACGAACGCGCGCAAAUUUUCAGGACAUAUGCAGAUCCCAAAUACAGAUCAACAGGUACCAGAAGGUAAGAAAAGUUGCUUUUGCAUAAUAUUGCAACAAAACGCCAGAUAAUGUCUUACCUUAUACACACACCAUAAUAAUACUUGUAUGUUGACGCACCGUACAAUCCAUCAAGCGGUGCAGCUUCAUAGCUUACCAAAGUCGUACUAAAACCUUUUGAUAGAUUUUGUUGGUGUUGAGUCUUAUUGCAGUCUACACGUAUCUCUUAUGUGUGACUGCCAUCUACUGGUGACACUUAUCAUCUCACCAUGUACCAAAUAAAAUAGCUUCAAGGUCAGUAAGCGCGAGCAAAAUUAUUCCGCACAUUAGGCGCACCGGGUUAUAAGGCGCACUGUCGAGUUUUGAGAAAAUGAAAGGAUUUUAAGUGCGCCUUAUAGUCCGGAAAAUACGGUAAUUUAGAAGCACUGUAGUAGCCAUGCUCGCAGGCGAGGAUGCUAAGUUGCGUUAAGGAUGGGUUCGUUGCCGCUUGUCGACAAAUUUGCGUGACACAUCUAGAAUGUGACAACAUGCAUUAUCACGAUAGAUAAAACCUGUAUUGUCGGACGAGUUCAUAUCAUAUACAUUGUAGAUAGUCUAUAUCAGGGGUGUCCAAAAUGCGGCCCGGGGGCCAUUAGCGGCCCGCAGCUGAUUGUUUACCGGCCCACCACACAUUCUGGAAAUGCUAUUGCAAAAAUUUAAAAAACAUUAAAAAAAGUGGAAUGAGGUGAAAUCUAACUAGAAAACGUUGCAAUGUUGACACAAAGCUGCCAUGUAGGCUGCUCUUUUUUUCUUUUGUCUAUCUUUAUUUGUCUUUUUUUGCCAUUGCUCAAAAAAAAAUAAAAAAAUCAAAUGUUAUAAUGAAUUAUUGACCUAUUCAAGGCGCCAAUUAUUUCAAAUAUUUCACUUUAAAAUGUUUUAUGUGGAAAAUAUUGUGUGGUUGCCAUACAAAAACAUCGUUUUCUUUGACUAAAGAGCAUAAAACAAACAAAAUAAUAGUUCAAACGUAAAAUCAACAGAUAUAUCUGAAGUUGAUCUUGUAACUUAAGUGUUGAAAGUAAAAAAAAUAAUAAUAAAAAUGUAUCACUUUGUAUGAGUGGGGCACCUUUUGGAUCCCAAAUAUAUUUAAUGGGAUUAUUGAUCUUUUCACUGUGAUUACUCAAAAAUAAUAAUGAAUUAAAAUCAAUGGUGCCCUGCAUUAUUGAUCUUUUUAAGGCUCUUAUUACUUCACAUCAAACUUUGCUUUCUGAAUGUUUUGGGCGGUGGGGGGAAAUACUGCAUAUUUCAGUUUUAUUUAAAAAAAAAAAAAAGUUUUCUUUGACAGAAAAGGCAUAAAACCUUUUUUAUUUUUAUUUUUUACUUUAUAUCAACCUGAAGUUGAUAUACUGAAGAGAUUUACUGUAAGCGUUAAAUAAAUAAAAAUAAUAAUAAUUUGACUUGUUUUUAACAUUUUAAUGACUUAGACCCUUUAUGGUCCCCGGAAGACCUAAAGCAGGGGUCGGCAACCUUUACCACUCAAAGAGCCAUUUUGGAAAGUUUCACAAAUUAAAGAAAACAAUGGGAGCCGCAAAAAUAAUUUUUAAAAUUUAAAAUGAAAAACACCGCAUACAAAGCUUAAAUUGCUUUGCGCUAUGUUAACCAGGGGUCUCUGACACACGCACCGGCACGCACUUUAAUAUGGAAAUUUGAUGUUAGUGCGGCCCGCGACUUUUACUUGAAUGACGCUUGAUAGCGUCUUUCUUGUCAACCCUCUCAAUUUUCCGGGAGACUCCCGAAUUUCAGGACGUGCUGGCACUGCUUUUAGCUCCCUCUACAGCCUGCCCAAACAGCGUACCUGCUUGACCACAUGUAGAAUGCAGCUUUUGCUUGCCCACGUAAGUGACAGCAAGGCAUACUUGUUCAAC